AUGCCAGUAAAUACUCAGGAGUGUGAGGAAAUAAAAAAAUGUAACUGUGUUCCAGGCAAGGAAAGCACAAAGGAUCCCGGGGGGAAGCCGCUAGCCAAUGGGGUGUGUGAGACAAAGGAAAAAGAACUAGUCAAUGGCAACUGUAACGGAACCGAAGAGGUGGAGAAGGGAGAAACUGAGGCCAAUGAGAAAGGAAGUGACAAGAAGGACGAGCCCGAGGUGGUCUUUAUACAAGACAUGGGCUUCACCGUCAAGAUUGUCAGUCCAGGAACUGAGGCUUUUGAUAUUCAGGUAUCCAGCAUGGAGCUAGUACAGGAGAUCCAUCAGCUGUUGAUGGACAGAGAGGACACCUGCCAUCGUACCUGUUUCUCUCUCCAGCUGGACGGAAACACUCUGGACAACUUUGCAGAACUCAAGAACAUCGAAGGACUCAAGGAGGGAUCUGUCAUCAAGGUGGUAGAAGAACCGUAUACAAUGCGGGAGGCACGGAUCCAUGUGAGACAUGUCCGUGAUCUACUCAAGUCCCUGGAUCCAGCUGACGCUUACAACGGAGUCGAUUGCAGCUCCCUGUCCUUCCUCAACGUCAUCACACAAGGUGACAUCCUAGGUACAUGUCUGGUUAUGC